AUGGUUGAUAGGGACGGAGUCCAAACUGCAAUAUCUUACAUGAGCAAAAUGCUAACUGGUCCAGAAACGCGUUAUUCCAUCAUGGAGAAACUUGUUCUCGCGCUAGUUCACGCAUCGUGCAGGUUGCGAUGGUACUUUUCUGGUCACGUUAUCACUGUCCUUACCAACUAUCAUCUGGGACAGAUCUUGUCCAAACCAUACGUCGCGGCUAUCAAAGGACAAGUCCUAGCAGACUUUAUUACUGAAGUUCCCGUCGACAAGAUCAAGGAAUGUGAAGCCAUACAAAAUCCUACCCCAGUCUUCGAUGAAAGGGUCUGGACUUUACAUACAAAUGGUGCUUCAAAUGAUGACGGCGCAGGAGCGGGUCUCCGCCUAGUUAGCCCCGAUAAUCACGAACUUACCUACGCCAUUCGGCUAGAUUUCAAGAGUACCAACAACGAAGCGGAGUAUGAGGCAUUCCUCGCAGGUCUUCGCAUGGAACUCAAAAUGGGAGCAAAAAAUCUUGAAGCACACGUCGAUUCCAAGUUAGUGGCAGAGCAAAUCAAUGGUCGUUACGAUGCAAAAGGCGAAGCAAUGGCCCUAUAUCUCGAGCAGGCAAGAACUCUGAUCAACCAGUUUCAGACCUUCAAAAUAAUCCACAUCAACAGAGGCGAGAACAAGCACGCAGAUGCGCUAAGUAAGUUAGCCGCUACAAGCUUCAAGCACCUAGCAAAAGAAGUCCGCAUUGAAGUUCUCUCAAAUCCAUCUAUUCCUAUGAGACACGUAAACAUAAUAGAAGUCAGGAAUCCGUCUUGGAUAUCCCCAAUCAUUAUGUACUUUCAACAUGGAACUCUCCCAGAAGGAAAAACAGAAGCAAGGAAAAUUCAACAUAAGGCGUUAAAUUACGAGAUGGCGGAUGGAAUUUUGUACCGCAAAUCUUACAUGGGUCCUCUCCUAAGAUGCGUAGACAAGCACGAUGCGCAAUAUCUGGUCCGAGAAAUUCAAGAGGGACUAUGCGGAAUCCAUGCAGGACCACGCAUGGUAGUAGCAAAAAUCCUGAGCGCGGGCUAUUACUGGCCUUGCAUGCAUUUAGACGCUGUAGAGAUCCUGUGCAAGUGUAUGUCAUGCCAGCGCCAUGCUUCAAAGACGCUCCGCCCAAAGAACCCUCUGGUUCCAGUAACCGCAGCGUGGCCUUUCCAGUAA